GACAUCACGACUCUGACGGGGGUCCCGGAGGAGCACAUCAAAACCCGCAAGGUUCACAUCUUCGUCCCCGCCAAAACGGCCAUGCAGUCUGGCAUCAACAGCACCAAGAAGUGGAAGAUGGACUUUGACACCAGAGAGCGGUGGGAGAACCCGCUGAUGGGCUGGGCCUCAACGGCCGAUCCUUUGUCCAACAUGGUGCUCUCGUUCUCCUCAAAGGAAGACGCCAUUGCUUUUGCUGAGAAAAAUGGUUGGAGCUACGAAGUCACAGAGAAGAGGACCUCAAAGCCCCGGGUGAAGUCGUAUGGGGCGAACUUCUCCUGGGACAAGAGGACCCGGAGGUCUGCAAAGUAAACCGAAGGACCCAUCUGUUUCCUGUCCCGACCUGCGUGUGUCCCGCUGCGGACUUAUUUCAUUCUUGUGAAUAAAUGCAUAAUUAUAUAUAAGAAAACUAAA